GAUUACAGCGCACCAUUCACGCAAUGUAAACAAACAAUGGCGGCUCGCUGAGUACACGGAGUCCUAGUUUUCCUCAUCUACUUUGUACUUCAUGAUCAACAAACAAACAAAAACAAAAUAAUACUUUAAUAGCAUUGAUAAACCUGUGAUGGAAACGUAAGUCAUCAACAUCUAAUAAUUCACGCAAGAGGCACUUUGGGAGACGAUCGCUUGUUUGCCCGGACCGACAGCAUCAAGUUUCUGUCAUGAUAACACAUUGACCCCAGGGGAUCUUAUGAAAAACUUUCCAUAAUUUUACUCAAAGUCAACGAAAAUCGAGCAGGACCAAAACAUUUUACAGCUGAUCGCUGUGAAAAACGUUAAGCGAAGACGUCAAGUAUAACCGCAGCAAUGACAGUGUUCUUAAUAUCACAAACUGGAUGCUAUUUCUGAGGAGAAAAACUGGAGAAACAGUGGUUCUGUCACAGCUCACCAAACCAUACAGGAAAAAAGAUGGAAUAAAGAUGAUGACAUCCCCCUCACAAAAAAUGUGAUUGCUUUAAGAGACCAUCUCAGGAUGGUAGAAGAUGAAGCAAGAAAGGAAUUGACAGAACAAAUGGAUUUAGAUGCAUACAAAACAUUAAACGAGUCCGUUCUAGCACAGGUCAUUAUCUUCAACAAGCGGCGUGAAGGGGAAGCAUCACGCCUUACUCUUGACGUUUACAUGAAAGCAAGCACAAGUGCCAUAAACGAGGACAUUUAUAAAACCUUGUCACCAUUGGAAAAGCAGCUCAGCAAGUUAUUAACUCGCAUAGAAAUCAGAGGAAAACGAGGAAAGAAAGUUCCAGUUUUCUUGACAAAGAGAAUGAAGGCAUCAAUUGAUUUGUUGGUUCAAAAGCGAGUGGAAGCUGGUGUACCUGCUGAAAAUCCCUAUCUCUUUGCAAGACCCGGUGUGAUGACAAACAUACGCGGAUGUGACUGUCUGCGGAAAUAUGCAAAAAAAAGCAAAGCAGAAAACCCUGAACUCUUGAGGUCAACUAAAUUAAGAAAACAAGUUGCCACACUCUGCCAACUCUUGGACCUUAGUGAACAAGAACUGGAGCAAGUUGCAAGGUUCAUGGGACAUGAUAUCAGAGUUCACGGUGACUUUUAUAGGCAAACGGACAAAACAUUUCAAAUUGCCAAAAUAAGUAAGCUUCUGUUUGCAAUGGAGCAAGGCACUCAGACUUUAAGGGGGAAGAACCUUAAUACACUUGCACUGGCCUGUGGUGAAGGUCCCACACUGAAUUCUGUGGGUGUCUCACCGAGAACAAAGAAAAAGAGAGUAAAGCUGGCUGAGGAUGGAGGUUCUGAUCUCUCCUCCGCUGAAAAGACACGUCAAUCAUGCCGUGAAGCUGAUGGUUCAGAUGUAGAUGAUGAUUGUUCAGGAGCAAACCUGAAGAAAAAACCCACACCAAAUAAGAAAAGACGACGACAGACCAAGAGUGAGAAAACAAAGUAUGGAGGUUCUGAUCUCUCCUCCGCUGAAAAGACACGUCAAUCAUGCCGUGAAGCUGAUGGUUCAGAUGUAGAUGAUGAUUGUUCAGGAGCAAACCUGAAGAAAAAACCCACACCAAAUAAGAACAGACGGCGACAGACCAAGAGUGGGGAAGCAAAGGAUGGAGGUGCUGAUCUCUCCUUCCUUGAAAAGCGACUUAAGUCAUGCCGUGAAGAUGGUAGUUCGGAAUCAGAUGUAGAUGAUGAUUGUUCAGGAGCAAACCUGCUGAAAAAACCCACACCAAAUAAAAACAUAGGACGACAGACCAAAAGUGCCAAAGUGUCGGCCAAGGUAAAUGUGAAGAGACCAUGGAGUGAGGCAGAGAGGAGUGCAGUACACAAACACUUGGCCAAGUUUAUAGCCGAGCGCAGAGUUCCUGGAAAACUGCCAUGCAUGAAGUGCAUAGAGGAAGAAGAAGCCCUAAAUGAACGAUCUUGGAAGGAUGUGAAGAAUUUUGUGUACAACACAAUUGUAACUCUAAAUCGGAGAUCUGCUUCAAGAAAACUAAAAUUUUAAAGGCAAAAUGUGGUGUUCAUCUCAAUCUCUCUUUCUCUGUUUCUCACUUUUCCUUUUUUUUUGGUUUUAACAUUUUGUUGUAACGUUUACUGUUUUCUGAAAUUGUUAAAAUAAAUGUUCAUCUGGUUACUGCA